GGCUAUAAAACACCUCCAGAGCUGACCGCACUCACAACAUUCAGAAUUAGCCAUGGACAACAACGUGCAGGACAGCUCUGUUCUUAAAGAUGGAUUUUUGGUGAAGAGGGGUCACGUGGUUCUCAACUGGAAGGUCCGGUGGUUCGUCCUGAAAGCGGAUAAGCUGCUGUAUUACAAAUAUGAAGGGGGCAAGAGGGACUCCCGCCACAAAGGGACCAUCCCUUUAACCGGCUGUGAGAUUACCUGCCCUUACCUGGAAUUCGAAAACAGACCGUUGGUGCUGAGGCUGAAGACCAGGUCCUCGGAGGAGUUUUUCCUGGAGGCGUGUUCGAGGGAGGAGCGAGACGAGUGGGCUACAGAGAUCAGAGCUGCAGUACAGAAACUCCACCCAGGGGGCACCAACACCCCACCUGCACCCACACGCAAAGGCUCCAAAUCACUGCAGCUUCACAACAUCAACCUCAGUCAGGUGGUGGACUCCAUGUACGACGUACACAGUGGCAUCAAGAUGAGCAGCCACGUGGAGCAGGGCAGCACCUACAUCAACUGCUUCUCAGGCUCAGCGGUGGUGGACUGGCUGGUGUUUAUGCAGUUGGCUCUGACGCGGGUGGAGGCUGUGACGCUGGCGUCGGCGCUGCUGGACGAAGGCAGUGUGAGGGCUGUGGGCAUCAAGAGUGUGGAGGCCAUCCGUAACGCUGCUCUGGGGGAACAGUUCCUGGACGAUUCCACCGCUCUCUACAGCUUUGCUGACAGCUUUAAGAAGCGAGGGAGUGUAAAGGCGGAGAAGUCUGUGUCUGCAGUGGAGCUGAGUGGAAGAGUGAAGAAGAGAGGAUACCUGCUCAAACAGGGACACAAGGUUAAGAACUGGAAGGUGCGGCUGUUCGUGCUGAGGGCGGAACCUGGCUUCUUGCACUACUACGACCCCAGCAAGGAUGACAUCAAUCCAGCAGGCGGCUUCUCUUUACGCGGCUGUUUGGUUUCCUCCCUGGACGACAACGGCAUUCCCUCAGGUGUGAAAGGCAAAGUCCAGGGGAACCUGUUUAAAAUCAUCACCCAGACAGACAGACAUUACUUCAUCCAGGCACCCACACGACAGGAGAAGAUGGAGUGGAUCGAGGCCAUUAAGCAGCUCACGUAAGGCUGCAAUUAGGCAAGACAUGGAAACACGGGUCUCCUCCCUUUCAAAGGAAUCACUUGACCAAACUUGUAAAUGUGGCCAACAGUGAGUGAAUGAAAGCUAGUUGCCGUUUUCUUUAUUUUUUAUUUAUUAUUGGCAACAUUAGUUUGAAAACAACGGUGAAGUGAAGGUGGUGGCCGAGGCAAAAGCUUCUUUGAUAAAUGUACAGUCCCUUAAUCACUGUUGACUGAAUUAUAAUCAAAUGUUGUUUACUGAUUUUUACUGAUUCUCACUGUAAGCACUUUCUUGUGUUAUCUAAACUCUCUGCUUAUGUACUAUAUUUAAAACAUUUCAAGUUUUAUGCAAAGCUAAACCGCUAAAAGUGUUUAUUAGGUAGCACUUUAUUUGAUGGCUACCUAUAUAGGGGUUUUAUGACACAUGUAUAAACAUUGUAUAACAUAGUUAAAAAGCUUCACCUUUGUAUUUAUAUACAGCUUAUGUCAGAUUUUGCGAGAGGACAUGAGAUGUUUUAUGAAAUAAUUGACAUUGUGUGGACGUAGGGUACCUUAUACUAAAGAGGCAGACAUUUGUUCUGUUUAUGAUACUGUCAUGAAGCAUCAUCUUACAGUAGGAAUGCCAUAUAUCGUUAUACAUUAUUUAUAAAUAAUUUAUAGACAAUUACAUCAAUCAUAUGUUAGUUAUGUAAGAAAAUGAUCAUUUUAGCUUUACAGACAUGAGAUACACUAUAUGGCCAAAAGUAUGUGGACAUC